UGCACACUUGGUCUAAGUGCAUGCAGCAGAAUAGCUUCCUAGUGUGGUUUGCAUUUGGAAGGCAUUUACUUGAUUAACUUGUUUCUGUUUGCAUGACUGAUCUGACAUGCAAUAUUUUAAGCUACAUACUAUUUUUCUGUUUAACUAAGGAGUGUUUAACAAUACCACAUUCUUUAUUUGCCAUUUAUGAGUCUGCAUGGACAAUGAUGACUUGACAAGGAACCACAUGCACAUGUAAGUUUGUGUAUACAUUUUCCAGGCUAUUUGCAAAUAAUAUUAGGGAGCUGUGGACUUGUUAUAAACAUCCUACAUACGUAAUCUUCAAAUAUAAUGUGUACAGUAGUGAUUCUCAACCUGGGAGACAGGGCUGUUUAGGGAGCCAGUGCAAACUUCCUAGGGAGCUUAGUUUUUUUCUUCUUAGUUUUUUCCAUAAGCCAAGGAUUUGUUGAAGCAUACAAAACAAUCACAUACAUUUUGGCCAAAUAAUUUAUCAAAACAUUUUCUGUAAAAUUUUACAGCUCUUUUUCUAUUUAUUUGAGCAAUGAGCAACUUUGCCAUUAUUACAGCAGAAAUACUUGAAAUAUUUUAGCCUAUGUGGUGGGCCUUCGAAUAUUCUGUAUUGUACUGGGAAGGAACCAUCGAGUUCAGUCGAGAUCCACCGGUGUGGAGGAUAUCACAAACAUACUAAUUGCAUUGUGGUUUGAGAGGUGUGUAGUGAUGAGAUUUAGUUACCAUGAUUACAUCAUCAAACAAAGUCUCUCCCUAGAGCUUUCCAAUGCCAAAGAUGUUGGGUUGAAGCUAAGAGAAGCUUUGAAACAGCAGCUCACCAUCAUCCACGAGAGAGUGGAGGCUAGGAAGAUAGCUAAAUUGGCUCUGGCUGAAGUGAGGAGCAUCCUAGCCAAAGAGAAGGAAGAGAAGACCUUGAACCAUAUCAGGGAGGAGUCUGAAGCCAAGGCCUGGGAGAGAGCUGAGGCUCGUCUGAAAGAGGAGAGGGAGAGAAUAGAGAAGGAGGAUGUGGAAAAGGCCAUGGAAAGAAUUAGAAAGGAGAAGCAGGAAAGGGAGAAAAUGGCAGAAGUUGAAGACUCAAAGAAGACUAAGAAGGUGGAAAAGGAUGAGGUGAAGGAGAAGCCAGAGGCUGAAAAGAAAUCUCAUGAGAAACCCGUUGUUGAUGAUGAUGCUAAAAAGGUCGAGAAAAAUGGAAAAGUCAAAGAAUCCAAGAAGGCUGCUGCUAAAAAGAAAGCGUAAGGCAGCAGAUCAGCUACUGUUAGAUCAUUUUGUCUUUUGUGUGAAUUGUUAACAUCUGGCUGAAUUUGAUCUCAGGCCAUUGUGAGUCUCCAGAGACCACCCCUUGUAGACCGAAGCCAAUACCUUUUGUCUCUAUGAGAGAGAAUCAGUGAUGUUAAUCAGAACAUUGAGAUCAGUAGAAGCAAAACCACAACAAGGUGCUAGAAGAUUGUUAUGUGGAAGCUCUUUUAUUUCUCUUAAAAAUGUCUGUUUUGUUUGAAGGUAGGAUUUUGGUUUACUCUCACAAAAUACUAGCUAUAGUGUGAAUUUCAUCAUGGAUGUUCCUCUGAUUUUGUUUAUUUUAUAAUAAACACAACAGGUAGCUAUACUUUACUAAGAGAGAACUUUCUUGUGUUAUCAAUAAACCAAAUGAAUCCCCUGAUAUGUUUUAUCAGUGCCUUGAGUGUUUUUCUUUUCAGUGUUGAUUUAAUACAAGCAAAAACAAACCGUUGUAUUGAAACUGGACAAGAAUACAUGUCUGUUCACUAAUAAUAAUAUCUAUAAACUUUUCCUUUUACUUCU